CAAACAACUUGAAAUGAAAAACAUAACCUCAAUAAAUUCUUAUAAGAGCUCAUUUUCUUUCAUAACAGUGUUAAAUGGUGUUAAAGCCAAGGUCGUUUUCUAAUUUAGUAGAUUAAAUUUAGAUUCUAUAAAAAGUAAUUCAUUUCACCGCAUGAAAAUUUCCACGUGGAUUCAUCAUUCAUCUCACUCCAACCAAAACUAAAAUUUUUUUGCACGUGUGGACCAAUUGGGUUAAGAAAUUCCAAACUUAAAUUUUAAACCGUAAAAUUUCCAUUAAAUACGCAACUAAUUAAACAAAUAAGAUUGAAAAAAUUGGAGGAUUCCAUUUGGAUGAUAAGAAGCCGUUAUCUUUAGUAUUGACUCACUACGGAUGUUUUUUAAGUAUUGAAUAAUGUUUAAGCAGAUUUUAAUUGCUUCGUUGGUAGCCGGAGUCGCAAUAUUUUACAACACAGGCAUCAUCAAGUACAUAACUGAACUCCUUCAUUAUCAAAAAGGAGUUAAUCUCAAUGAUAAUAAGAUGAAAUUGUUUACACCAGAGGAAUUAAGCUUAUGUAGUGGUGUAGAUAAGAAACAUUUGUAUUUGGCAAUAUUGGGAAAUGUUUUCGAUGUGUCUAAAGGGUCUAAACAUUACGGACCUGGGAAAACAUAUAAUUGUUUUAUAGGAAAAGAUGCUUCAAGAAACUUUAUUGAUGGUAAAUUUAAUAAAGAAGAUAUUUCUGAUGAUGUAAUUGGGUUAGAUAUAAACGAUUUCAAAAGUUUAGAUUAUUGGUUAAAGUUUUAUAAAAAAGAAUAUAUUAAAGUGGGAGUUUUAAUUGGGAGAUAUUAUGAUGAAAAAGGAAAACCUACGCAAUAUAAUAGGGAAAUAAAAUCUUUGAUUAAAAAAGCCUUGAAAUCAGAUGAAGAUAAAACGGAAAUAAAACGAAAAUAUCCUCCUUGCAACAUGGAAUGGGAUGUUUCGACCGGUUCAAGAGUUUGGUGUACAAAAAAAAGUGGAGGCAUCGAAAGAAACUUUAUUGGUUUCCCAAGAAAAUUUUAUGAACCUGGGGCCGAUAAACAUCGAUGUGCUUGCAUUAGCGAUGAAAAUUUAGACUUAGGAAAUAUACAAGAGUACGAAAAUUGUGACUCGAAGUCUCAUAGUUGCUUUAUAUAAACGUGUAGAUUAUUUUACAUAGAUAAUUUUUGUAUUUCCAUAAUUUUUUAUGUCAUUAAAACGUAAUAUU